AUCUACUUACCACUGUCGACCAUGGCAGUUUUAGCAACGUAAACUAAUCAAUAUUUUGCCUAUGUCAUUUGGAUUACAUCCAUUUUUGGCUUUUUGCCAGGAUUUCGGUGUCCAUAAGAUCCUUCAGAUUGAAACCUGACACCUUGAAUUCACGUUCCUGGAGCUUUUUUAACGACUCGUUUUCACUUGCGUGUCAGUCGAAAAGUUCCACUAUCCUGUGUGGAUCAUACCCUAUACGCGCUCCCAGUACGUCCAGCAUAACCUGACAGCCCACAAGUUGCGGGACAGUGAUGAAGUUUGCACGUUACCUCAACGACACACAAACUCCCGAGUGGAAAAGGGCAUACAUUGAUUAUCGUUGCCUAAAGAAGUGCAUCGGUGCAAUUCGUGCAGAACAUAUUGCCAGGCAGAAUUCCACUGGAACCACUGAUAUUGAUCACGUUCAUAAGCAAGCCAGAGAUUAUGAAGGGCACAACGAGCUGUCGCUCCUUCCACAACCUGAUGCUCCAGUUGAAGAAAAUUCAACUCUUUCCGCAACUCAAAUUCAACGGAGGAAUAACCAGAUGCGUCCUUCGCUCAGAAUUUCAAUGCAUAGUUUUCCGCCUCCACCUCAUCUCACAGGCUCGUCGUCACAAGCCCCUUCGCAAGAAACUCCCUUACCUCCGAAGACUGCGCACUUGCCGCCCAUAUUUCCCUUUUUCCGUGAUGCAGGUUCUCCAGCUCCUGCUGCCUUACACACGAUUCUUCCUCUACUACCACCACUUCAUGCAAAUUUUUUCGAGCUAUUAGAUUCUGAAUUGGAGAAAGUCGAUUCUUUUUAUGCCGAACGAGAGAAGGAAAUGCGAGACCGCGGCAAGCUGCUCAAAGAGCAACUUAAUGAACUUGGGCUUCAUCGCAAGAAGUACUAUGAAUCUAAUCCAGAUACCACAACGCCGAGCUGGGCUGCACGAGCUCGCCUAUACCUGGCAGCGGCUUUACUUGCCCUAACCCAAUGUCAUACAGAUAAGAGUGAUGAUCCACCAGAGCUAGUAGCUUCUGAGUCGUAUCGCGGAGGUCAUUCGACCACCACUGGAGAUGGAGGAACUUCCGAACGUAAAAUCAUGUCGCCGCUUCCUGCGUCUACCGCAGGUGAUUCAACUCAAGUUGCAUCACUCAAGAGCAACCGUCCAGCCCCGCCUACAAAAGCGAAUGGCAAUAUCCCGCUGAGAAACAACAUUAUGCACUUCACAAGCCCACAGGAGUACCAGAAUGCGAAGAAACGCCUCAAGAAAGCUGUUGUGGAGUACUACCGUGGGCUCGAGGCGCUGAAUAAUUACCGCAUACUGAACCUCACUGGUUUCCGCAAAGCUGUCAAGAAGUAUGAGAAGAUUACACAAGUGCCUGCUCAAGCAGCUUAUAUGAAGGAGAGGGUUGAGCCCUCAGCUUUCGCUUCUGGCGCAAUGGUCAGCUCAAUGCUUAAAGAGAUGGAAGAACUGUUUGCCGCAAGAUUCGAACGUGGUGACAAGAAGAAAGCGAUCACUCGUCUUCGUGUUGGUACGAUCCAGAAAUCCCAUCAUUUCAGCACGUUUCGCACGGGCAUGUGGCUUGGGUUAUCUAUACCAGCGACGAUUAUCGGCUUCAUAACAUGUCUGCGUCACAGUACCGCUACCUCAUUACCUUCAUGGAAUAUCAUACUUUUCAUCUACUCCAUUUUGUUAAUCCCUGCGUUACUCGCGUUGCUCGUCGGUCUGAACCUCGUCGUAUGGGCCAGAGAAAGGAUCAACUAUGUGUUCAUAUUUGAAUUCAAUCUUCCUGCUUUCCUAUUAUGUGCACUAGCAUACUGCUUUAUGCUUUCUUUCAUUCAAGUCGGUCCUCCACUCAUCUGGCCGCUUGUGUGGCUUGCCCUUGUGGUCAUUGUCGUGUUCAAUCCCAUUCCGAUCAUCUUCCGGGGUCAUUCGCGAUGGUGGCUUAUCAAGAGCGUUGCAAGACUAGGUGUUAGCGGUUUGUGGACCGUUGAAUUCACGGAUUUCUGGCUUGGCGAUCAGUUUUGUAGUCUUGUCUAUAGUUUGUCGAACUUCUACUUUGUUGGAUGUUUCUACUCCCAAUACUUUCCUUAUGUUCCUUCCUACGUCAAUGCGUCGUCAUCGCAACAAAACACCUCCAUGGCUAUUGUCCCGCGCUUCUUUUCCUCCUCUCAGAUGUCUAGUUUGGUGCCAAGAGACAAUGUCCUCUCGUCUGCGUACGACUCUGCAGUUCAAGAAGCGUGGUCGACUUGUGGAGCGGAAUCACAUUGGGGUCCUUACUUCGUACUUGCUAUGUUACCGUUCCUAGUGCGCUUCGUGCAGAGCGUCAGACGUUAUAGGGAUUCAAAGUUACCUAGUCAUCUCAUCAACGCCGGGAAGUAUGGGAUGGGCAUGGUGUACUACUUCUGUUAUUACCUUUGGAAACGCGACGGAGAAACUGACAACGGUGCUUCUUUCAUUCUCUGGUGUUUGUCGGCAGUCAUCUAUUCGCUAUAUGGGUGUGCAUGGGACUUUGCGAUGGACUGGUCUAUCUGCAGACCCCAUGCUAAAUACCCCCUCCUCAGGAGAGAGUUGGUGUACACAUCCCAGAUUCCGCUGUACUAUGUUGCUAUGGUCACGAACUUUUUUAUUCGUUUUCUCUGGGUCUUCUACAUACCCAAUUGGCCAUACUUUAAUACUCGGUCAUUCAUAUCUGCCCUAAUGGAGAUGGUAAGAAGAGUCGUGUGGAAUUUCUACCGUCUCGAGAAUGAGCAUCUUGGGAAUAUGGAUCAAUACCGAAUUACGCGCGAGGUUCCAUUGCCAUAUCCGUUCGACAACCCUCAGCUCGAGGACGAUGAUGACGAGGAGGACAAAGCUUAGGCUGGACCUGAAAUAAUAUGCAAGAAAGCUGAGCGAAGACGUUAUUCUUUAGGCACCAAUCGAUUUAGAUGCGUAUGAUCUACUGAUAUUAUUAUUAAUCGAGUUGGUCGCGAUAUCGAAAGCUGAUUAUGGGCUAACAUCAAUACUACUCUAUGGCAGACAUGUAAUACUUUAAAGCGUUAGUCUGUACGUGUUGUACGUGUCAGUGAUGCCAAUGGAGCAGGGCCAGCAGCCUAAGCCCAGAGCAAGGCAGACAAGC